AUGCCUCCAGUUCGCCGCUCCGGCCGAUCACGACGAGCUCAGGAUGACCUGUCAGAUCAUGAUGCUAACGUCAGCACCAGAUUUACGAGACAAACUCGCUCCACCGUUACCCGGGCCUCAGCUUCAAUAUCUCCAUCCCGAUCAAGUUCAUCAGGGGACCCACGCAGAUCUCUACGUCUUACAUUAAAAAUGCCCGCGGGGAAAUUGCGGGAGGCUACCGGAGGCCGCUCGGCCGGCCGACGGUCCAUCAAUGUCUUCCAAGAGAACCCUAUUGUGUCCGGGCCUCGAACUAGUCGCAACAAAAAGAAGCUUGUGGAGAUUGCCACAACGGACGAGGAAAUUGAAGACCUAGAGGAAGAUGAGGUCGAAGAUGAAGACGCUCCCGGAGAAGAUGAUGAAGAUGCCGACGCUGAUGGCGAUCUCGAUAUGGAUGACACUCCCCCACAACCGCCGGUACGACGGGCCGCUAAACAGGCCACAUCUGCUCGUGGCAAAGCCAAAAGCGUGGAAGAAAAAGAAAUGGAAAUGGAAGAUGAUGAAGAAGAGGAGGAAGAUGAUGACGAUGACAAUGUUUCGGACACUGAUUCGGAUGCUGAGGGUGAGCCGGAUGAUAUGGACGAAAGUGCCAUUCCUGAAGUCAAUGUCGAUGACAUGGAUGAGGAGGAUGAGGAGGACGAACUAGAUGACGACAUGGACAGCGAUGCAUUUGCCAUGGAUAACGGCAAACAGACCAAACGGCAGCGUGGAAACCUAGGCAAUGAUUUCCUUCAACUCCCAAUGGAACCACAAGUCAAGAAGCAUCUGACGGCCGAGGAGCGUGCCAUGCGACGAGCUGAAAUGGCUCGACGCAGGAAGAACCUGAGUGAGAAGCGAAACGAAGAAGAAAAGAUGGAUACAAUUAAUCGUCUGCUUCGGAAGCAACCUCCCAAGCGCCGCGGUCGACAAGCCGCCGAGGGUGCCGAAUCCACGCCGGCCGAUCAAGAGGAGGCUGAAAAGGCCGACCCCAUCAUGCUCCGAUGGGUCAGCAAUGCGAAUGGUUGUAAAGUUGGCGUACCAGAGGAAUGGCUUGGUACAUCGGCUGGCCGAUUGUUUGGAGCGCCUGUCGCCAAUGGAAACGGGAAACUUGUGCAGGAACUGUAA